UCUGUUGGAUCUUUGUUUCGUUCCACUGUCAAAUCUGUCUCUAGAUUUAUAGCUAUGGCAUCAAACAACUCGCACCCGCCCUCUGGGCCCGGUAUUCCGACAGUCCCUCUGCCACCACCGGAGACUCUGGAAACCAAAAACGUAGUCAAAAAUAGAGAACUUCUUUACCGUCUGAUGGUCAGCCAGUUGUUUUACGAUGGCAACCAGAAGCAAGCGCUUGAAGUGCAGUCGCUCACCAACCCAGAUCCUCCUUGUCCCCCUAGUGAUCGUCUUUUCAACCUUAUGAUGAUGGGACUAGAAUAUGAAGCUCAAAGAAAACGUAAGAAAGAAGGUUUAACUGCCUCUAUCAGCCCUGACAGUUUCUUGGGACCAGGCUUAGGUGAGCAAGCAUUAUACAAACAUUUGUUAUUUCUUCGCCUCUGUUCUUUUUUCUUUUUUUUCCUUCUUUUUUUGAAGGAAUGUUAUAAGCUUGAAGAGAAACUCCUUAACUUUCCUUGUUUUACAAUAGAUUUAGAGUUUGAGACCGAGAUGCAUACAAAUGCUCCUGAACCUGCAAUGUAUGAGACCGCCUACGUCACCUCCCAUAAAGGGCCAUGUCGUGCAGGUGCAUUCAGUCCUGAUGCUCAAAUGGUUGCAACGGGAAGCCAUGAUGCCUCUAUCAAGAUUUUGGAUGUGAGCCGAAUGUUGGCUAAAUCUGCUCCAGAGGCGGGAAUGGAAUCAUCAGGGCCUGAAUCACAAGGCCACCCUGUCAUCAGGACACUCUAUGAUCAUGUAGAAGAGGUGACCUGCCUUGAAUUUCAUCCUAGAGAGCCCAUCCUUGCUUCAGGAUCCAGGGACUACUCAGUAAAACUAUUUGACUAUAGCAAAACUUCAGUCAAGAAAGCAUUCCGAACAAUUACCGAUGCGGAUCAAGUGAAAUGUUUAUCCUUUCACCCAGCUGGUGACUUCCUAGUUGUUGGUACAAACCAUCAUGUUAUCAGACUGUAUGAUGUCCAGACUGCCCAAGCAUUUGUGUGUAAUGUUCCUGUUCAUCAACAUACCUCUGGCAUCACGUCUGUUAAGUACUCCCCAGAUGCUAAAGUGUUUGCUUCUGGGAGUCGUGAUGGAAGUAUUAAGAUUUGGGAUGGUGUAUCAAAUAGAUGUGUUAAUACAUUUGUGAAAGCCCAUGGUGGGGCAGAAGUUUGUUCAGUUACUUUUACUCGUAAUGGCAAGUAUUUACUUUCAACUGGUAAAGAUUCCUUAGUCAAGCUAUGGGAGUUGAACACCAGUCGCUGCUUGAUUGCCUACACAGGUGCAGGAACAACAGGCAAACAGGAACACAAGACUCAGGCUGUAUUCAACCACACAGAAGAUUUUGUUAUGUUUCCUGAUGAGGCUACCACUUCUUUGUGUGCUUGGAACUCAAGGAAUGCGUCUCGCAAAUCCUUAUUGUCCUUAGGUCAUAAUGGUCCAGUGCGGCACAUCUCACAUUCCCCAACAACGGCGGCAUUCCUCACGUGCUCCGAUGAUUUCCGGGCAAGAUUCUGGUCAAGAAGAGUGCCAACUCACUAACAUGGUUUUUGUAAAGACUGAGAGAACUUACGAUUGUAUUUUUAAUCACCGUCAGGAAACUCUGUAAUAUAUUUCAUAUUUCAUUGACUCAAACUUCAUAAGUUUGUUUUAGUUUUCCUUUUUCUAAUGCUUUGUACUUGUUCACAUGGAGCUGAGUUGUUUGUUUUUUUUUGUUUUUGUUUUUACUUAUCAAUGCAACCUGGCCAAUACUAGAAUAAAUUGUGUGUGAUCAACUCAA